AAUCUGUUGGCGCUAUAUAAAUGGCGAUAAUAAUAGUAAUAAAUAUGUUGCUUUAUUACAAACAGGGUCAUUCUGUCUUUGUAAAAAUGAAUACCACUGAGUGAUAAUAUAUUCUAAUCAGUUUGCAAUCCUGUUACAAUAUAUGCGUUUUGUGAUUAAGUGCUGGAUCCCCUUAGGGAGAAAGGGUUUAAGUAGAAAACAAAACAAAACAUUUAUUGUUAUCAUUGUGUGCAACAAAUAAGCUCAGUGCAACACUGAUUUUAGAGCCCCUUUUAUAGUUUAUUUGUAAUGUUGCAGUUUUAGCAUAUUCUGAUACUUUUUGUAACAAUAUUACUGUUACACAUCAUUCUUAUCAAAUCUUGCCAGAUAUUUAAAUAACACUUACCCCCAGGACCUUAAUCUCAAUAAUAUUUAUAGCUGCUAAUACUAGUUUUCCUGGCAGGUUGUUGAAUACAAACAUAAAGAGCAUGUCCUAACAGAAUAAUCUCUUGGCUGGCUGUUUAAAUCCACAUUUCCAGCUAAACAGGGUAACAGCCAAUAAUCGAGGAAGAAAUAAAAAUAUAUUAGAACAGAAAUGGUUCUGCCUGGCAACAGUGAUGGCAUCCGCAAGAAAUCUUCUUAUUGGAGGAGAGGUUAUGGCUCAGCCUGUACUCUCUGGGUUUCAUGACAUUUUGGAGCUGCUGUUACUCUGAAAAGGAAGAAAAGUAUUAAAAGUAUUCUCUUUUGGUAUUUGCCAACCUCAGAGCUGGAACUUGAAUCUGAAGGAUUAUAUGUACUGGGGCUGGCUAGCAUACACUCACAUAUGGCCCUGUAUGAUAACUAAAUGAAAAUGAAAGCUGUACAUUUGUGCUUGUGACACAGUUUCACCUGGAGUGAAUACAUCCUGGAAUAUGAGUGCUGACAGUAUACACCAAUGAAUUGCAUUGGAUAACAGGUAAGCUCAAGCUGUGCUCCUGGGGAAUAGCUCCAUGGAUGCAACGAUGUAACCGCUGAUUAUAUGCCCAGUUACCAUUAGACAGUGUCAGGGCAAUAAGGGGGCUCAGAGAGUAGUACAAAUAGUGCAAUGUCUGAGCCACAAGGUAGAUUCUGUAGGUUCUGGGCAAUGUGGGGGCUCAGAGAGUAGUACAAAUAGUGUAAUAUCUGAGCCACAAGGCAGAUUCUAUAGGUUCUGGGCAAUGAGGGGGCUCAGAGAAUUGUACAAACAGUAUAUCUGAGCCACAAGGCAGAUUCUAUAGGUUCUGGGCAAUGAGGGGGCUCAGAGAGUAGUACACACAGUGCAAUAUCUGAGCCACAAGGCAGAUUCUAUAGGUUCUGGGCAAUUAGGGGGCUCAGAGAGUAGUACAAACAGUCCAAUAUCUGAGCCACAAGGCAGAUUCUAUAGGUUCUGGGCAAUGAGGGGGAUCAGAGAAUUUUACAAAUAGUGUAAUAUCUGAGCCACAAGGCAGAUUCUAUAGGUUCUGGGCAAUGAGGGGGCUCAGAGAGUAGUACAAAUAGUGUAAUAUCUGAGCCACAAGGCAGAUUCUAUAGGUUCUGGGCAAUGAGGGGGCUCAGAGAGUAGUACAAAUAGUGUAAUAUCUGAGCCACAAGGCAGAUUCUAUAGGUUCUGGGCAAUGUGGGGGCUCGGGGAGUAGUACAAAUAGUGUAAUAUCUGAGCCACAAGGCAGAUUCUAUAGGUUCUGGGCAAUGAGGGAGCUCAGAGAGUAGUACAAAUAGUGUAAUAUCUGAGCCACAAGGCAGAUUCUAUAGGUUCUGGGCAAUGAGGGGGAUCAGAGAAUUUUACAAAUAGUGUAAUAUCUGAGCCACAAGGCAGAUUCUAUAGGUUCUGGACAAUGAGGGGGCUCAGAGAGUAGUACAAAUAGUGUAAUAUCUGAGCCACAAGGCAGAUUCUAUAGGUUCUGGACAAUGAGGGGGCUCAGAGAGUAGUACACACAGUGCAAUAUCUGAGCCACAUGGCAGAUUCUAUAGGUUCUGGGCAAUGUGGGGGCUCGGGGAGUAGUACAAACAGUGUAAUAUCUUAGCCACAAGGUAGAUUCUAUAGGUUCUGGGCAAUGAGGGGGCUCAGAGAAUUUUACAAAUAGUGUAAUAUCUGAGCCACAAGGCAGAUUCUAUAGGUUCUGGACAAUGAGGGGGCUCAGAGAGUAGUACAAAUAGUGCAAUAUCUGAGCCACAAGGCAGAUUCUAUAGGUUCUGGGCAAUGUGGGGGCUCAGAGAGUAGUACAAAUAGUGCAAUAUCUGAGCCACAAGGCAGAUUCUAUAGGUUCUGGGCAAUGUGGGGGCUCAGAGAGUAGUACAAAUAGUGUAAUAUCUGAGCCACAAGGCAGAUUCUAUAGGUUCUGGACAAUGAGGGGGCUCAGAGAGUAGUACACACAGUGCAAUAUCUGAGCCACAUGGCAGAUUCUAUAGGUUCUGGGCAAUGUGGGGGCUCGGGGAGUAGUACAAACAGUGUAAUAUCUUAGCCACAAGGUAGAUUCUAUAGGUUCUGGGCAAUGAGGGGGCUCAGAGAAUUUUACAAAUAGUGUAAUAUCUGAGCCACAAGGCAGAUUCUAUAGGUUCUGGACAAUGAGGGGGCUCAGAGAGUAGUACAAAUAGUGCAAUAUCUGAGCCACAAGGCAGAUUCUAUAGGUUCUGGACAAUGAGGGGAAUCAGAGAAUAGUACAUAUAGUGUAAUAUCUGAGCCACAAGGCAGAUUCUAUAGGUUCUGGCAAGGUCAGUACAGCCUAUUAGCCUUCCGGAUACCUUUAGUGUGGGUAGUGGUAAUCUAAUUCUGGGUUAGUAGAAGCAAUAAUAAUUUAAGUAAAAACAAACAAACAAAAAAAGGUAUAUUUAGUUGUGUGUUACCUUGUAUUUAUUACUGGUAUAUAUAUAUAUAUAUAUAUAUAUAUAUAUAUAUAUAUGUUGGUGUAUAUUUCCUGGUGUGUUAUUAAUUAUUAUUAGUAGUAGUAGUAUUGAUAUAGUGCCACCUUAUUACUCUUUACAAUAUUAUUACUUAGUUUUUUAUUGCUGAUAUAUAUAUAUAUAUAUAUAUAUAUAUAUAUAUAUAUAUAUAUACUUCUAUAUAUUUCCUAGUUUAUUACUUUGUAUUUAAUAGAGUAGCAGGUGUUUGUCUACAAGCAAAGCAUACAUUAAAUAAAAGUCUUAUAAUUAUGCCCUUACUCUGAUUGUGCAACAGGAGGAAGAAUAAUGACUGAUAAAUACUAGGACACUACAGAGAUCCAUGGACUAAGACUGCACAAAGAUCUAGGGCUUCCGCAGUGUACACUAGGAGGACUGGACAUAGAUCUCAAUAUCAUAGCUUUACCAGAUCUGAGCAACUCUAAUACUCAACAUGUGGUGCUUCUCUGCAAUCUGGCUUCUUCCCCUGAUGGUUGUGCAGGCUCAGGAUGGUAAAUAUAAUGUGUAUUAUAAUUAAAAUAUUGGAAAUGUAUAUAUUACUAAAUCCUUAGAUCAGUCUGAAUUUUCACCUGAAUUAUUGGGUUUUUGAUUACCUAGAUUAUGAAUGUUUAAUUUUAACAGAUGAGUGUUUAUAGGGUUGUAAAUAUUAAAAAUUUUUUAACAAAAAGUAAAUAUUAUAAUUCCGUGCCAGGUGUUAACCAAUAUUAGAGUAAGGGUUUUUUUUUAAUGUAUGUUAAUAUUUGUAAAUAGAAUGGUAUAUUUUCAAUCAAUAUUUUGAUAUUUUUCCCCAAAUUGAGCCAAGUUCUAUAUGGCAGUAUAUGCAAUAUUACUGUAAUGAGUGUGCUUUAUAUAGGUUGAUUUAAGUGAUAAAAACACAUCAGUUGCCGAGACAUUUAAUGCAUUCACUUUGUCACCCAAGCAGCAAUGAAUGACAGUUCAUUUAAUAACACUGCACUCUACAUUGUGUUAACAAUCUUAAGUACAAAACAAUAACAAAACAAUAUUCAGAUUAAAGAAAAGCUGUCAUCAGAUAUUUUAUUUUUACAUUGAAUUAGUACCUUGCUUGUAUUUUCUUGAAUAGACUUCACAUUCACACAAGAUAGGCUUAAUGUAUAAAUUGAGCUACAAAAUAAAAAAACUAAUUUGGCUUAAAUCACUAUCUAUCAUUCAAUAUUUAUCUAUUAGACAUGUGAAUUGCUCAUCAUUUUUCCUUUAAUGAAUGGUUCCAUCAUUUUAUCAAUCAUUUUUUUUAGCCAAUCCAAUGCUUUCCCAUAUGGAAAUCGUAAAUUAGCUGAAAUCGGCAAGGAGGUGAGAUAGAGGGCGCUCAAUUUUUCUCAUAGAGAUGCAUUGAUUUAAUGCACCUCUAUGAGAAAAAUUCAGCGUCUCUAUGCAGAGCGUAGAUACGCUAAACAGCAGUGCUGCACACUGUGCAGCUCUACCCCAGGAAGCACCUUUGGUGGUAUUCUGAAGAGUGGCCAUUGGAGGUGUCCCUGGGGGCAAUGUAAACACUACAUUUUCACAGUGUUUGCAUGAAAAUGCCUGAAAGGAAUUAUUAUACUUACCAGAACAACUACAUUAACUAUAGUCCCUUUAAGAAAUAGUGCAACAAAUGCAGAUUUGUUAUCUAUAUUUUAAUGGCUGCUGAUGAGCCAUUAAAAUGAUGACACAAUUACAAUGCCACCUUUCCAGUGUUUUCUGACAACAUAUGUAAAGGGACACUCCACUGCCCAAAUACAAAAUAGAUUUUAAAAACACUGUUUAGAAGAUAUACCCCAAAUAAAAACUUGCAUGCAUUUAAUUAUGUAUUUUUUCAUUUCUAAAAUCUGCUUGUCUGCUGCCUUUGCAAGCUCUUCCCUUCUAACCCCGCCAAGACCUUCUGUGGCUGUCCAAUCACAGACUUCUCAAUAUAGCUCAAUGAGAGGUUUUUGUAAGUCAGUUGCUCUGGGCAAUUGCUGCCUUUUGAAGUCAGCUGGAUCGAGCUAACAAAAUCAGGAAGUAUAAGAACCUGUUGUCUGUUUGAAAGCCAAAAAGGCAUAUCCAGGAUAAUUUAUAACCAUGUCAAUUUCUAUUGAAAUCUGCACUUUUUGCAAAAUAAAAAAAGAGUACACACUCUUUCACACAUAAAGGUUUUUAGCAAGCUAAAGUUGUUUAGGAAUCUGGAGUGACCCUUUAACAUUAUCCGUUUGGCCCAAUACGGUGCUUGAAACAGUCUAACUGUGAUAUCAUAUUUACUGUAGAUACAAUUUACCAACACACCAAUGAAGCAAAUGUUCCCAUAUCAAAUUCAAAAACAAAAAGGGCUUGAAAAGGCAUUAACAAAACUUUUCAAUAAACUAAUGGAUUCCCAAAAACUUAUGAAACUUAAAGGGAUGUUAUAGGUAUUAAACCACUUUAACUUAAAGGGACACUAUAGGCACCCAGAACACUUCAUCUCAUUGAAGUGUUCUGGGUGCGGUGUCCCUGUCCCUUAACUCUGCAAUGGAAAACCUUACGGUUUAAGAGAAGCUGAGAUUUUUACAUUGCAUAGUUUAGACUACGUCUUGUAGCUGUACUCCACACAGCCACCACAGGCACAAGUAUACCUCUGUGAAACUAUGCUGGGUGUCCUCACACUUUGCAUGAUUUAGUCCAGCAUCUUCAAAUUCCCCUUAAGAAUGCAUGGAUUCAUUGCUUUACUAUGGGGAAGGCCUAAUUCCUUGCAUGUGCAUUAGGUUCCCCCAUCGCCAAUGACAGAAGUGUAGGAGAUGGACUUAGGUAAGCUUUUAAAGUGGUAAUUUUUAGUUUUUGUUUUUUUAACCCUUUCAACACCAUGGAGUGGGCAGGGCAAACAUUCAGCCAUGGACAAAGGGACUCUAUAGUGUUGGGAAAUCUUUGUAUUCCGAUUGCUAUAGUGUUCCAUUAAUGAAGCAGUUUUAAAGUACAGAUCAUGCCGCUGCAGUCUCACUGCUCAAUUAUCUGCCAAUCACUUUUGUUUCUGUUUAUGCAUCAAUAGCCACACCUCCCCUUGCUGUGACUCACACAGCCUGUGUGAAUAAUCAGAUGUUAACUAGCUUUAGACAUUUUUAUUUCAUAAACCUUAUUCACACACAGGAGGCUCCUGCAGGGUCUUAAAGGCUAUUAGUAGGAGAAAACAAUUUUUAAAUUAAACAAGUUGUGCAAUAAAAUAAGUUUAAACAUCAGAUCUCUCUUUGCAGGAAGUGUUUAGGGAGACUGUGCAAGUCAAAUGCAGGAAGAUGUUUCUAGGGCUGUAUAAAAAAAAUGAUUUAACUCCUAAAUGGGAGACUGCAGGGGUAUAAUGCAUUAAAGGACCACUAUAGGCACCCAGACCACUUCAGCUCAAUGAAGUGGUCUGGGUACCAGGUCCAUCUGGGAUUAACCCUGCCUGCUGUAAACAUAGCAGUUUCAAAGAAACUGCUAUGUUAACUUUUGGGUUAAUCCAGCCUCUAGUGGCUGUCUCAUUGACAGCUGCUAGAGGCGCUUCCGCGCUUCUCACUGUGAUUUUCACAGUGAGAAGACGCCAGGCUCCAUAGGAAAGCAUUGAGAAUGCUUUCCUAUGAGACUAGCUGAAUGCGUGCAUGGCUCUUGCCACGCAUGCGCAUUCAGCCGAUGACAACCGAAGGAGGAGGAGAGUCCCCAUCACCAAGGGAGCCUGGCGCUGGAGAAAGGUGAGUGUUUAACCCCCUUCCUCCCCCUUCAGCCCGGCGCACAUGCGCACUUUCUUCAUAGGGCGGCAUUCAUACAUUAGAUUGCCUGCAGGGAGCUAUAGAUCAUACCUGAACAACUACAUUAAGCUGUAGUUAUUCAGGUGACUAUAGUGUCCAUUUAAGAUCUUUUUGGAAUUUAUUGUUUUGAAAACAAACACACAAUACCAUUGGACGCUCAGAAACCAUUAUCAGUAGAAAAGAAAUGCAGUACUGAGGCCGGUGCAAUAUGUUUACCAGAAGAAUUGUUUCUUCAGUUCCAAAAUGGUCAAUCAAAAUGCCAGUCAUAUUUUUAGUUUUUAUCUCUAACUAGAAGUGAAUAAAUGGCUGAUUUGGCACUUUUCAUACAAAGAGUGAGAGAAAGAGAGAGAGAGAGAGAGUGUGUGUGUGUGUGUGUGUGUGUAUUGUAAAGCAAUUUCAUAAAUUUUUUUCCUUGUCCACUGUGUAGGUUAGUUUUGUGUCAUAUUUCUACAUCUUUCCCUCUCUCCCACCACACUACUAAUUUCUCUAAAUUUUUUUCUUUUCCUCCAGUUGACCAUCUUUUAUCAGACGUCCUGUUUUGCCAGCCUCAAGCCCCACGUUUUGGCUUGCUGAAAAUGUUUCAUGACGAUCAGAUGUUUACGUAUAAUUUUUCUGAUCACUCAGCAAUCCCUCAAAAAGGAGAGUUCGAGAAGUGGGCUGGCCAGAGCUUUCCAAAUCCUACAAAUAUAUCCUAUGAACUAGAGCUAUGUCAAGCAUUUCUGGAGGUGUUGACUGAAGUACUGGAGAACAUCACACCAGAGGCCAAAGGUCAGACAUUAAAUAAACAUAUAUAUAUAUAUAUAUAGUUAAAUCUGGUACACCUAAUGUGAUACACAGCAAAGAGGGAGGAGGACUAAAACUAAAUAGAUACUAACUAGGAAGAUAGGGUUCCACUAAAACCUAUAUAGAAUAAAGAAAAAGCACUAAAAAGUGGAAAAACACAAAAAAAUGCAAAAGACCUAGGAGCUAAUUAGAUACCUGAGGAAAUAGCCUCACUUCUUCAGAGACAUAUGUCUCUGAAGAAGUGAGGCUAUUUCCUCACGAAACGCGUUAGACCGAAGCAUCUCUUUGAACUGUGCUAGUAACCAGCAUUAGAAGCACCCACUUGCUCAGGACCCUUGGUGAACCUGUGGACUUAGACUAUUCACUGUGCACACCCCCCGGAGUGAGUUCCGUGUUGGGACGCACACAUCGAUCUGCACGCCGUCCUCAACCGGCAGACAGACCACAGAGCACCAGAGCAACAGCUGCCAAGUCAAUCCACAUCCAUCCUGGCUGAUUCCGAGGGUCUGUGAAUAUUUGUGGACUUCAUUGGACUGGUAACAUACAUUUGCACAUGAAUUGACCAUCAUUUUUGAUUAAUUCAUAUUUUAAUCUAUAUUUAUUUUUAAUAAACUGGACUUUGCAUUUCUAUCCAGUUUCUCUCUUUCUACAUUGUAUCCACGCUACAUUAUUUAUUUUAGCACACAGUUCCUCAUACUGUAGUGCUUGUUUUGCAACUUUGUCUAUACAAAGCAUAUUAUUUAAGUAUUAACUAUCUGUUAUCCUGUAUCUUUUCAGGGACAGUAUUUUACUGCACCUUGCACUGUUAGGAGCAUUUAUUUUUAUUUUUUAUUUUUUAUUUUAUUUUAAUCAUUUAUUUUCUCUUAUCUGAUUCAUCCUCUGUUUUUAUAUAUCACAUAUGAUUAAGUUUUAAAAUCUAUCAGUUACAUUUUAGAGUCCUACCUUGUAUAUAUUUUUCUUAAAGGCAUAGUACCCAUUUUUGAGUCCCCUUUUUUAGUCACAUUUUUAUUGUUACAUCCUUGAAGUAUUUUAUACAGAUUCUUUUCCAGCAUUUCAUAUCCGGAUUUUUGAGUCAUAUACUAAUUAGCUCCUAGGUCUUUUGCAUUUUUUAGUGUUUUUCCACUUUUUAGUGCUUUUUCUUUAUAUAUAUAUAUAUAUAUAUAUAUAUUUAUAAACAUAUAUUUUUAGGAAUUCCAAUUGCAUUAUUUUUUUAUUAAUUUAAUAUUGUAUAUUUUAAUGUAAAAUAAUCCAACAAAUAUAUUACUUGUGAAAAUGGAAAAAUACUAAAACUGGGUGGGAAAAUAUUGCAGAGGUAAAAUGCUGGCUUUCAAGUUGCAAUAAACAUGGCAAUUAUUACAACUGCUUGCAGGUUGGCACUGAACGUUUUUAAAAUAGUUAUUUUUGAUGACUUUGGGUCAUAUGGAACUUAUAUAAUUUGGUAAAGAACCACUAUAUGUGCCUCCUUCUGCUGCCCAUGGUAUUGCUGGCAUGUCCACCACCAUUUAUCUUCUUAAUACGGCCUCACCAUGACUGAAGGGGAAUAGCAUUCACCCCCAUUUAUCAUGGCAUAGCCCCCACUCUCUGCCCAAGUGUGUGCCCCAAUAAUUAUCAUUAAACUCCCACCCUUGGCAUACCCCGUUAUACCUUUACAAGGCCCCAAAACUGCUGAAGGGUUGGGGGCUUUAUCUGUUCCGUCUCUAAUUCAUUUCAUUUAAAACUAUUGGGGUGUGAGUGUGAAUAAAACGUUACCAGAGACAGGUCUCCACAAUUUACCAAAAUAAUUAAACAUACCUCCAAACUUUGGUUUGGCUAAAAUCAGGAUGGGGAGGUUUUCUUAGGGACCGUCACCAAUGACACAAGUUGAAUCCCUGGUGAUGCACCAAACUGGGCGUACCAGUAAUCUAGGUGGGUCCACCCACUAGAGGAGCAUGCGGGCUAAUUUUAAAGUUAAUUUAUUAUGCAAAUUGUACUUCAACUGGAUUUUUUGGUGUUCGUGACUCAGAUUGAAAUUUGGUGUUUUGAUAAAUUUGCAAAUCCUACAUUAUCUGUUGAAUUAAGAUAUUAGACACUAUAUUCUUAAUUUUUUUUUUUUAGUGUCAGAUCAAAAUAUAUACAGCAGAGGUACAAAAGUAUCAUAUCGUCUGGAGACAGAUAGAUAAAAAAUUUUAAAAGGGAAGAAAACCAGGGACUGCGAGUAAGCAAUAGAGAAAGAAAUAUCAGACAUCCUACUCUUAUCAUCAUUGCAAGCCACGUCAUAUGGAAUGAGGGCCAAGUAUUCCCUGACAAUAGCAAUCAGACAGUCCAUUAAUUGGUUUUUCACAGCCAGUGUUCUGAAACCCAUAGUUAUGGUUCCAAGGAGGCUAGUGUGAUGUUCCUGUGUGGUUUCUGAGAGUGUGCAUGGAGGCCUUCUACUAGGAGUGACAAGAGAAUACAGAUAACAAUAAAAGCAUCUGUAAGACCACAACCACCAAGUAAAUCAGGUCCACCACAUAGGAAUGUAGGAGCCUUUAUGGCCACAAUUUCUCCAUCAAGGUUUAUUGGUUUUGCCCAUCCUAAACAAUUUUGUGGGGAUGGUGUACCAUUUAAACUCAAUUUUAACCUCUUGUUCCUUUUAGGUGACACAGAUUGAAAUCCUUGAUGUAGGUUCCCUUAUAUCCUUCCGGGUUCCUCCUUCUUAAAUCCCCCCUCGGUCCAACUCCCACUGGUGCACAUAUGUUAAAUUACUCAAGGCCUAACAUUUUAAUCAGUUGAGGUGGUAUAUGUCAGAAAUGAUUGAGCCUUUCUGAACCUCCUUCAUAUAGUUCCUCGAAAAAAGAGAGUUGUCUUUGUUUAUGGUUGGGCAGAUUUUAGAUGGUACUGGACAACUAAAUCAUAUUCUCCCCUGAAACAACUGAAUUUCUGCCUGAUUUGCAGUUAGUAAAUAUGACAGUUGCAAAUCUAGUCACAUUUUGUUUAGUGAAUCGCUAUGAUAUGUUAUUGGUAAUAAUAAAAGUAUCAAAGUAUUUAACCAUAAAAUAUAUAUUUAGCUUUUACCAAUUAAGUACAGUUUCACUAACUCUCACUUGCAUCAACUGUUCCUCUUUUCCCUUCACAGCUGAUACACAAGUGACCGUAUUAACUGCACAUCCGGUCACCGUGGGUUCGCCGAACACGUUAAUUUGCUUCGUUGGUAAUAUGUAUCCGCCUGUGUUAACCAUCACGUGGUAUAAGAAUGAUCAAGAGGUGACAGAAGGGAUAACCUACUCUGGGUACUCUGCAGUGCCAGAUCCUCACUCCCAGACCUUCAGCCGGAACUACCAGACCUUCUCAUACCUAAAUUUCACUCCUCACAGUGACGAUACAUACACCUGCAUUGCGCAUGGUGGAGGACAAAACGCAACUUCAACUGUUAGAUACUGGGGUAAGGACACCACUGGUAUAUUAAGGGGAAACACACAAUCCUAGCUCUGUUCAGUUUGAGUUAAACGUACUGAAAAGUAAUUAACCAAAAGAUGAAUAUUUUAUAAAUACUGACUACUUUGUGCCAUCAGCCCAUUAUUUAUUCAGAUUCGGGUUGUCCACAGAUUGCAAAUGGAGGUGUUAUUUUUCCUUGGGUUUGUGACAUUAAAGUUCUCUUAUCUGGGAGCAAAACAUCAUUUCAUUCAUGCAGACUUCUAGAUUUUAUCUAGAAUACAGAAAUAGGACUAUUAUUAUUAAAUAUAUGACAUUAAAUAAACAUGCAAUAUAUCACCUAUUAAUAAACCCACAUAUGAUAUAGCUAUUUCACUCUGUCAGACUGAACACAGUGAUUUCCUGAAGGUAACAAACAGACCAGGAGAAGGGACAGGACUGGGGAUAUAGAAUGGAUGACACACACACCGCUAACCAGACUAUGUACAAACAAACACUGCUACAUAUACUGCAACCGAGACUGUUACACACACAGUACUAUACAUGCCACUACCAUGACUGUUACACACAAACACACACUUACACACUCUCUGCACAAACACACACAUACACUCUACACAAAUACACACUUACACACGCUCUGCACAAACACACACAUACACUCUACACAAAUACACACUUACACACUCUCUACAGUCACAAACACACACACUUACACACUCUCUACACAGACAGAAACUUACACACACACACAGACACUCUACACAAACACACCAUUACACAGACAGACACACACACACUCUACACAAAGACACUAUUACAAAGACAGACACUUACACACACACACUCUACACAAACACACUAUUACACAGACAUACAUACCUGUACACAUAGACAUUCUCUCAGCCAUUUGCACAUAAGCUGCUACACAUGUACACUCACUACAGGCACACACACACACACACACACACACACUCACUCUAUGUGUGUGUAAACAGCAAUUUUUUAAAUCAUAUUUAAAUGGUCACUUUUAAAAAAACAUAAGUUGUACAGGCGCUAAUGAUGUAUAUCCAGCCCUGGGCGACAUGAGUGCUUUCUUCUUUGCAUUGUGACAUUCUUGGCUUCAGUUAUUUAAGGUGACACUGCCUGAACUCCUUUGGGAAAUGCGGGGAUCACAGCGUCUGUGUGUAAUAUUAUUAAAGACUGUAUGUGGAGCUCGCACACAGGUCACCAUGUUUAUUGUAAUUUCUAGUUGCGGACAGCACCGUCCCAUCUGAUCUACUGGAGAACGUUCUGUGUGGUUUGGGAAUUGGCCUGGGAGUCCUGUUCCUAAUUGUGGGGAUUGUGUUCUUCUACCUGGCUUCUAGAUAAACAAACACUGGUAAGUAGGAAUGCUAUACUGACUCCUUAUUACAAUAUUUAUCCUUUUUUAAAAUAACAGUUUAACAACUAAAUUGUCUCCUCCCAAUAUCUAAUAUAAUAAUAGCUGUAUCUGUAUUGUAUAGCUGUGAACCCUGUAUUUAUCCACUAGAAUUAGACAGGUUCACUAUUUUACAAUAACACAGAGUCUAGCUGCCUUAACAAUAUACCUGUAUGUUUUAUUACAUGUGUACAGUAAUUUAAACCAUAUUAUUGUGACAGGAAGCUGCAAGGUGGAGGUUUGAGGCUAUUUAACAAAAUAUUGUAUGUCAAUGAUGUUUAAUGAUAUAGCAUUCUGGGUAAAAUGUUGUUUAAAGGGACACUCUAACCAACAUACCCAUUACAAACCAUUUAAAAUCAAACCUUUUCCUAGGGCCCCCUUCUCAGUCACAUUGAGAAUGCAAAAUUACUGCUAUAUUUUUUUUUCCACUUGACAAGUUUUAUUGAUUUCAAACAAAUAUAAAUAUACAAUAAGACAAGCCAGCGUAUAGUCAUACAGGUGAUUGAGCGAUAGUUUUUGUUUGUAUCAUACAAUGUUGCAGAUCAAUGUAAUAAAUACCGAGAAUACUCAAAUCCCUUCUGUAUUUUCAAUAUUAAUUCUGUCCAACCUGGAUUCUAUUGGUGGCUGCAAGCGCUUGGUUAACCCUCUCCAGCACUAAUUAUGUGGCGAAAAAGACAGGCAUUUAAACAAACCUGGAGUUUGAUGGCAAAUGGAAAUUGAACUGGACAUUUUAGAGAAAAAUACCCAAAAUGUAAAAAUGGCCAACUUGGCAAUUUUGUUCGAUUUUGCCUGAAAUUUGCAGUUCCAUGAUACAAUCCCAACAAUUCAUGGUUUGUGAAAUAAACCUGAGAGUGACCAUAACCACUUCCAUGUUACUCAUUACAACACAUAGCAGCUUCAUGGUCUUAUAAAGACAAACAAUUCCUGAACAUUUCCCUGAAUUUUGCAUACUCAGAUUACAAAGAAAAAAAAUGUUAAAAAAAAGUUGUAAUACAAUCAAGGUUAUUCACUAUAGUGAGAAUUGCCUGGGUUUCAAAGUGAAUUCAAAGUGAAAUAAGAAAUUUAGGUCCACAUUUAGGUCCACAUUGUCACAUUAGAAAAAUCCUCCAAAUCAGUUCUGUUUUCAGUUUGGGUACUUUGGCCUUACAUUUGAACCGUUUGAAUUCUAGUUUGAAUACCUGCAAUUCUCCUUUUAGUGAAUAUGCUUAAAUAUCAAUGGUUUUAUGUGGACACUGCUAACUGCGUCCUUAUGUAGGUGUGUAAAAAGUGCACGUCUUUUACACUGUAACUCAGCUGAUCUGCAAUACCGUUUCAGCUAUGUUCUUCCUUCUCUAUGCCUUGACGCACUGUAACAAGAUCAUUCUAAGACGUUAAGAAUUAUGUCCUGAAACAUGCACGUAUGGCACUAUUAUUAUAUAAAAGGUAUAAAGCAAACUGUAGAUUAAAAUCUGUAAAUCCAUGCGAUGGUCUUCUGGUAUAAAUAUAGAGGAACAACAGGCAAUUAAAAUGAGGAAGUAACUUAUACAGAGAUGUCAACACCAAACCGCAUGCUUACAGACAUCUGAUUUUGUUUCGAAAGAUCAUCAGCGUGCCAUAAACAAGUUCUGGUUUAUUCACUAAAUAGUACGUUGCAGUAAGUCAGCCUAAUUUUGCAGCAUUUAGGCUCAAAUACCCUGGUUAGAAUCUAUUCCUAGCUCUGCAGUUUUACAUUUUCUUUAAAGGUGGUUAUUUAAUAUAAAUGCCUUAACUUGGGUGUCAACUCAUUAUAACUAGGCAAUUAGUGAAUAAACACUAAGAGUUGGUAAGUGGUGUCCCUUAGGGUUCUAUUUUCGGACCACUUCUAUUUUACAAAUUUAUAAAUGAUCUUGAAAUAGGCAUUGACAGUCAUGUUUCAGUGUUUGCAAAUGACACAAAACUCUGUAAAGUGAUAAGAUGUGAGGAGGAUAUUGCUUUGCUGCAGAGGGAUUUAGAUAGACUGGGGGACUGGGCACUAAAAUGGAAGAUUAAAUUUAAUUUUAAAGUUAUGCACCUUGGCGUAAAGAAUGCACAAGCAAUUUACACCCUAAAUGGGAGUGAAUUAGGGAUAAGAAGACACAAGAUGGAUUUGGGAAUUGUUAUAGACAACAAACUAGGCAACAAUGUGCAAUGUCAAUCAGCAGUGGCCAAGGCCAGUAAGGUUUUGUCAUGUAUGAAAAAGGGCUGAGAAUAUCCUUUUGCUUCAUUAUAAAUCGCUGGUAAGACAUAUUGAAUAUGCUGGGCAAAGUUUGGGCACCUAUUCUAAAGAACAAUAUUAUGGCAAUGGAAGGAGUGCAGAGGUGGGCUACAAAAUUAAUAAAAGGAAUGGAACAUAUCAGCUACGAAGAAUGGUUAACACAUUUGGAUCAACAACAUAAAACUUAUGUAAGGAAGGCUGUACUUGAUGGACACAGGUCUGUUUUCAGCUAUGUAACUAUGUAACUACUAGGUUGUAAUCACUACACAGUGAGCUGUAUCUAGGUGACCUACAAAAUUAACACGACAAAAACCAGGUUGAAAAUAAAUCAGCAUUAAUGAAGAAAUGAAUGUAUUUUCCACAUUGUCUAUUUUGGAUUAAAUACAUUGCAUGUCAGUUCAUCACACUAUACUGAUUAGUGAAAGGGUCACAAGAUUUACCGUCUUCCCCGUAAAGGGUAACUGUAAUGCUAGGUAGAACUUAUGCUCUUUGUAUAGAUUGGGAGAAAAAUUGAUUUAAUAAUGGGUCUUUCUCCCACCUGUCAGGCAGUUAUUCGCCAUAGACUCUGUACACCGGCUGGCAUGCCCAAAAGGUAGAUCCCCAGAUGUUGUAGAACUACACCUCCCAUGAUGCUUUGCAUGCAUUUAGAAUGCUUUUAGAAUGACAAAGCCUCAUGGAGGUUGUAGUUUUAAAACAUCUGGGGUUCUACUUUCUGGGCACCCCUGUUGUAUACUCUGAAUUGAGUGAUUGGGAGAGUAGAAGAGACCGUCCUACAGGAGGAGACCUCCCACAAGCGGUCAUUUUCCUCUCCAAGCAAAGCAAUCACGUUGCAUGCUCUGCAUUUCUUAUGGUAUCCAACUAGCCAAUGCUAUUAGGGAGUAUAGGAAAUGAGUGAAUGAUAUCUGUCUGGUCAGGCAGUGGCAUGCUGGCAAUGAAUCCACCGUGUUGGUGUCACGCAGGAGAAUUGCCCGGUUUGUGGAAUUGUCCCCAUGCAGAGCAAAUAAAAGAAGAGAGGAAUGGAGUAUGGGUGGGCUGGAGGUGGGUGUUACAGAGGCACCUCUCUAUAUAUAUCAUAUGUAAACAAAAACAUCUUAACUCAUUAAUUAAUUUUGUAAUAAGGACAUAGCAGCACUGGAUCAGAGGCGAGGGAAUAUCUCACAAUAUUGCUUUGAUUACAUCAUGUAACUUGAUAUUUGAUGUAUUCAGAGCAUUGGGGGUGAUUUAUGUUAGAAGGAACAUGUCAUAACAGGAUCACUUUAAGUUUGCACGCCAGCCAGGUCGUUAGAGUCUCAACACAUGGAGAGUAAAGAAGCAUUUUACUAAUGGUGCAUAAAUUCUAUCACAAAUCAGAAUUUAGGUGUCACAUCUCCCAGCGUUCUAUCAAAUUUCAUAACUAGCGUUACAUCCCAAACUAUUUUGUGUCUGCUGGGCGAUUUUAGCAUUUUUCUGACUUGUAAGAAACUCUUAACUCAAUGAUUGUCUAGGUGAAGAUAUGUUACUGUAAAAUGAGUUUGAAAGUUUUUACUUCUGCAGGAAAAUCAUGUCAUAUGUUAUUCAGAGAAAUGUUUACACAGAAUUGUGUAUAUUUCUCUCACGUUAGUACAUAGGUUCUGAUAAAUGUGAGAAACAAGGAUAUAAUUUUUAAGAUUCAUUUUAUUUCAGACUUUCUAUCUCUUUGUUAUACUGACAUGUGUUAGAGUUGGAGAUGAAUUCAUUCACAUACAUAGACUGUCUUGCAAUCCCUGCAUCUUCUCUUUGAAGUAGCUGAAUAUCUGUGACAACCAAUGCAUUCAUGGUUCUUCUACCCCAUAGCAGAUUGCAAAACAUUUUAAAUAUGCUGAUAACAUUGUACAUUAACUCAUCUUGUCUCUUUUUACCACUACACAGAUUGAGCCAAUGGGACUUGACAGAACCUCCUAUUUCUAGAUGAGUCAGUGUCCUGGUGACUGUUAUGCCUGAAGGUGUAUUCUCAAUGAUUCUGACCUCAACGGACUAGCCAUUAUCCACUGUUAGCCAACAUCGGAAAUGUUGUACUGGCUUUAUUGACAAACAUGUUCCCGUCCACCAAGCUGCACUGCGUUAUACUUUGGACUUUCACACAAACUGUUAAUGAAUUAAAUGAAGGGUAAAUUAAUUCAGGGAUAAAUUAAAGGUAUUUUAAUUCAAAGCAUUAUGAAAUAAUGAAUAGACCCACACAGUGUGUCUGAAAUGAGCUGAGCUUUUUAGCAGUGAGUUCAUUUUCCCAUUUCCACAUUCUUUGUGUCUUGCUUUACUGCUGAGUAUUUGGGAGAGUGCAUGUGAAGAUGUAAGUGACACUCACAGACUGUAUUGCAGCAGAGAUAAUAUUAGAAAUGUAUAACAUGUGAGAUUAAACUAUGACCCCGAGAAGCAUACAUUAUACAGCAAAAUCUAGUAAAACGCAGCGGUUCUAUGGAGGUUGCCAUACAUCAGGGCAGUAGUUUUCAUGCUGUGGGCCCCAUGCCACCUAAAUUAUCUGCCACGAAAACAUCUGCUUCAGGACUAUAAAAAGCUGAAAAUAAUCCUUUAAUAUGUAUUUUUUAAUAUGUGUCAUAAAAAUUAUUCUCAUCUGGCAAUUAAAGUUAGUACACCAAUUUAGCUUAAAGCAUGUGUUAUAUAUUUUGGGAAUAUCUCUCCAGCAAGGAUACCAAUAAGUGUGACAUUUAUAAGGGACCCAAAGUAAAAACAAAUAAAGUAUGCAUGCCUUGCAAAUAUGUUCUCUCAUUGAUGCAUGUCUUGGUCCAAAACAGGCUGAGAAUUACUACACUAGUAGUUCCUCUUUACUGUGCACAAACCAUUCAUAAGGCUGAUCUUGAUUGACAGAUAAAUAACUGAGAGGUAUCUAUCUAUUAAUUCCUCUGUGUUUAGAAUGUUUAUGAAUUCUAUGUGUAUUUCUGACUCGUGUGCAAAGUGAAAUGUGGGUCUUUACUGAGUGCUUGUGCGCGAAGGUGAUACUGUCGUGUGUGGAUAGAUGGUACUACUACUGAUGUAUGGCUUAUAUGCAAUUUCCAAUUCUUUCAUUUCUAAUAAAAUGGCCUUUGACAACAUUG